AAAAAUAUCUCAAACGAAAAACGACUUCCUUUGGCUCUUCUUUCAGCUUGGCGAUUUACCAAUGAAACGGGAUGGCGGAAUUACUUGAGGAAUUCGACCAACCUUCGCCUUUACCUGUGAGCUUUUGUCAGCAGAUACCAAGCGAAGAGUUUGAUAAAAGAUCUGCUCAAAACACAAGAGAUGCCUUGCAUGAUUUGAUCAAUCACAUCGAAGCGAAACCAGAGGAGUUUUACAAGAUUGUCCGAAGAAAAAAGGCCGACAACCUCAAACUUUUCCAGUAUCUUAAAGUGAAAGUGUUAAAUAAGUUACAAGAUGAUUAUUUAGAAAAAUACUUUCCUGAAAAUCAAUGUAGAGAAGAGUUAGAAAACCUGAUGCAUGACAUGGAAUCAGCAUUCAAUUACGCACAAGGUUUGUCAACGUUUUGCAAAACAUAUGAUCCUUAUUUGACGUAGCAGUCGAUCGAUGAAAUAUGAAAAUGUCACAUAAUUUUAGCAUUUUCCUUUUCAAUUAAGAUGGUAAGCAGACUGGGAUCAGAUUUUCCAGAAGACUGGCAGAAAAGCGUAAAGUAGAGCGACUUUACACAAGCACACCAAAGAAACCAACUGCACCCCCACCGCCCCCUCCCCCACCACCCAUCAUGGUAAGUUAACGACUCAUUUGACGAAAGAAACUUUUAGAAAAGCUAAGGGGACAUACCAUGGAGUCUGUAUUAUCCAGGGCCCUGUUCCUGAACGGCAGAUUAGUGCUAAAUCCAUGAUUUGUUUUUGAGAUCCAUUGCUUAGAGUAACAUUUUGUGUUAUCAUUACUGUAUUUCGGAGUAAAGGCUCAACAGUAGUUGCAUGUUCUCAGACAAGAAAAUCUUGCUUGAAAAUUUGGCUUAAGCCUGAGUUAAACUUGACCGUCUUUCGCGGAACCAGGCCCAGGUGUCCAUAUUGAGCUGGCUGUCAAAAAAAUUCACAGAGAAGUUUUUUAUUGGCAUAAAGAUAUAAAGGUGCAAUGACUGAAAGCAAAAAGCUAAAGGAAGUGAAACUUGUGUAUUAUAACCAAUAGAAAACUUUAUCAAACGGCCAUCGCAAGAUAGACAGAAUUAUCAAAAUUGAACAUGUCAUGUGCACUAUAAUUGAUAAAAUCGAUUGCAAUGGCAGCGUGCAAAGAAAGUACAUGUAGUGUCCGCGAUAGCCCAGGGCUAGUAGCCUGCGAGCACGCUCUCCUAUUUGGGCAAGCGCGUUCUCGCGAGACUUGCUUCACUCGCUUAAAUAGGAGAGCUUGCUCACAGGCUACAAGGCUAGUGGAUUUUGCUAUCGUGCUAGUGAAAUAUUGUGCUAGUGCCUGACAGGCAAGUGAAGUUUUUUGAGGAAUUCAAAUUACAGAAGAACUGUGAAAGAAAUUCAGCUCAUCAAAAAGUUUUUGGGGCUACUACUAGUUGAAAUGACGUUUGGGCUAGUAUAUGCUAGCCUCAGCUUGCCUGAAUGGUAAGCUGUAAAAAUAACUUUCUUUGCACCCUGCAACUGGCACAAAAUGAAAAUAGAAAAUGUGCAGAGAUACCCAGUGUCUAUAAAGCAGGGCUAAUACGAUAUAUGAGAGUUUGUGACUUAGGACACAAAAUUAAAGUAAUGUGUCCAUUAUCCAGGGUAAUUUUACAGAAAAGAUUAUUAAGAGCUUAUCGCUGGGACAGACAAAACUGUCUGUUAUAAUUAUACAGAUGUCUGUAAACAGGGGUUUCACUGAUGUCAUUGAUGUGCAAGUUAAAAAAAAGAAUCCUCCAGUUAAUUUAGCAAAAAUAUAUUUAGUCUGCAGAUUCCAAGGGCUUGAUUUCUCCAGUACAUCUACCCGCUGAUACAAGGUGAAGUUUUAAUAAAAAUUGAUUGAUAGAUAAAUUAUUUAUUGCACACUGUGUGUAACAUUUUUGUCUUCUUGAUAUCCCUCAUAAACAAUUUUUUUGCCAGUCUGGGGGACUAUUUUAUCCACUUCCUGAUUUUUUCUUGAAGAGACUUCAACGCUUACAAUUUGCUGCAGCCAGUUAUGUCACUGGAUGUGAUGUUAGAGACAAAAAAUAAAUGAUGUUUUAAAAAUUGGUUGGCUUAGUACCAAUGAAGGAAACAAGAGAUUUUCUUUUCUUGUUUCCAAGGCUUUACCAUCUUAUCCCAAGAUCAAUGAAGUUGUCCAUACACAUCUUUUGCGUGAGAAACGUACCAUCUGAAGCUGAUUUAGUUUUUUUAAAUCAAUUUUUCUUUCAAAUUGUCUCUAUUUUUUCACAGCUUGUGCCCAAUCUUAUACGUGUCGUAUGUACACAGAGUCCUACAUAGGGUACCACCAAACUAUAAAAUUAAAAUGACAUACAGGUAUUAUUUUAAUAACACCCUUGCACGAGGUGAUCAUUGGUGGGGGAUAUAAUGUAGAGGAUGUGCUAACCAAUAUUUAACUCCUUGAAUGACUCGAAACAGAUUAACAUACCAGCAAAUUCCAAGGACUCCUUCCGGAACAUUCCGCCGAGAAGAGGAACUGCUCCAAUCAAUCAGAAGCAUUCCAGCAAGAAGAAAGCUGCAUGACAAAAAUUCAUACACAGAAGCAGUUCAAUCAAAGCCUGGUGUAAAUCAAAAGAGGUAAACAUGUUGUCAGUGGCUUAUGAAUAUAGUAUCCAAAUGAAUGUUCUUAAAAUACUGGUAUUUCUUUGUCUGAAUUCAUGCAGGAUCAACAACAGCAGUAGCAGUGUUCACUUAAAGAAUUCCACCAGGUGUCCCUCCAUAGAUGACCUUGCAGCUGCCAGAAACAGUCUGAGACUCACUGGAUCUUCUUCUGGGUAAGGUGCUAAUUCCUGCCACCCUUUAAUAAAAAUUGUACCCACACAGACAGUACACAGUGUUCUCAGGGCUCUAAACAAUGGUGGGUCAAUGGACAACUUCCGUCCAAGAUGACCUUUUGUAGUGACAAACCUUUGUUUGGCUGGUUAAUAUGUUGAUUGUAACAAAAACUGUUUUCAUGGAUUUCAACACUUUCACUGUUGGAUGGCUGACCAUGUUGUGGCUUAAUCAAGAUCUCGAUGCAACUUUUAUGUCUGUGGGAAAAAUCCUACAGAUGAUAUUCCCUUCAAAAUAAUGAAACCUCUUUGGAAGAUGGAUUUUAUGAAUUAUAAAAAAAAUUUUGAUUUUAUUGUUUCUUAUUCAGCUCUCAAAUUAGUGACCAAACCAAUACCUUUCAACACUAAAGAUUAAAGCAAGGGCUGAUUCCCAUUUUUUCCUUUUUCUUAUUCAAUUUAAGUCAUAUAUUUAACGUUUCGUAGAAAUAUAAUCUUUAAGUUUUUUUUCUUCAUCCAUGCAGUUCUCCUGAUGACUCUCCCUAUCAGCGGUACAAAUCACGGAAGGAAAAUGAAAAGCCAAAGGAAGACAACUUUUCUAUGUUCAACAUGGAGCUGCUACAAAAAUUUCGAAACACUUAUAGUCCUUCAGAUGGCCGUGUAAGCCCAUCUGGCCAAAUUUUAACUUAUGAUUCAGGUUUUGAGAGUCCAUAAUAAGGUUUUUUAGAAAUGCUGCGUCCUAACACAUGAAUAUACUUAGUUAUUGACUUAAAAUCAUGUUAAAAUAUCAAUGAUAUAUACCAUAUUAAUAA